UUGACUCAUUGGGUCUUUAAUUUGAAUCUUUAUACAUAGGUUUGCAAGCAUCCGUGGUGCCUCACAGUUUCUAAUUCUCUUGAAGUAUCAGGAGCUUCCCUUCUCAAAAGAUGGCAAUGAUCGUAGAUGCUUUUGUGAAAGGAUUCGUGAUCCAACUCACAAAUUUUGUAGAGGGUGAGGUGUCAAUCAUGCUCAAAGUGAAGGAUGACCUCCAAAAGCUUCAAAGAAGACUGGAAAGGAUAAGAGGUUUUCUUGAACAUGCAGAGCGGAAGAGGCAUGAAGACUCAAACAUCAGUAAUUGGGUGAGGGAUUUGAAAGAUAUCAUGUAUGAUGCGGAUGAUAUCAUCGACCUUUGUAUCAUCAAAGGCAGCAGACUAUCGGAAAGCCAUCAAUCCAUUUCUGUGGUAUGCCAUCCCUUCCCUUUAUUUUCUUGCUUGAGUUGUAUGAAGUUCCGCCAUGAAAUUGAUGACAGAAUUAGAGAUCUUAAUAAUAGGCUGAAAAAGAUUGGAGAGGAUCGAUCAGCAUUGCCUAAACUAGAAUACACUAACCAAGAUGUCCAAGUGAGCACAGUGAAUCCUCGUCAGACAUUUCCCAUUGAGGUAAAUUCUGAUACCGUAGGGAAACAAACUGAAGAAGCUACCCAAGGUCUUGUGGGUUCAUUGGUCAAAGAUGAUAAACAGAAAUGCUGGAUUUUGGGGAUUGUUGGGAUGGGUGGAAUCGGCAAAACUACUCUUGCUUCUAAUAUAUACAAUGAUGAAAGAAUAAAAGAAAACUUUCCCAUCCGAGUAUGGGUGUGUGUAUCCGAGGAUUUUUCAGAGACAGAGUUGCUGAAAGAGAUGAUUAGGAGUGCGGGUGGAAACUAUGGGCAGGCUAAGACAAAAGCUGAACUCAUACCCUAUUUUUCCGCUGUCCUUUCAAAAAGGUUCAUUAUUGUAUUAGAUGAUAUAUGGGAAGCAAAAGUAUGGGAGGAUCUGCUCAGAUAUCCUUUAGAAAGUGCAACGGCUAGUGGUGGGAUUGUGAUUACCACUCGAGACAUGAAUGUGGCUAUGAAUAUGAGAGCACUUGUAUACAAUGUUGACAAAAUGGAUAGUGAUGAUGGCUGGGCAUUGCUAUGCAAGAAAGUCUUUAGAGAUGAUGAAAAGGAAGAGACCUUUAAUUUAAAAGAAAUUGGUAUUAAAAUUGUUGAAAAAUGUGAUGGCCUUCCUCUUGCAAUCAAAACCAUUGUAGGGGUUUUAAGGUUGAAGAAGAGAAGCAGCAUAGAGUGGAAUAAGGAGUGGUGCAUGGUCUAUGAGCCAACUGAAAAAGCAGAGCAUGAAAUUGAAAGACUCGGGCAGCUACGAGUUUUGGACUGGAACUGCACGGGACUGGAGAGCCUUCCAGAGCCUAUCGGACGCCUUCAAAAUCUGCAGACAUUGAACCUCUCGCUCUGUAAAUCCUUGCACAUGCUUCCCAAGGCCAUCACAAGUUUGUGCAAUCUAAGAUGCCUUCGCCUCGAGGAAACUCUAUUGACCCAUCUCCCAAAAGGAAUAGGCAGACUGAGAAAUCUCAUCUAUCUUCAAGGAUUUGUCGUCGGUGAUGGUGGUGGUGAGGAAGACCAGGGAUGCGAUUUGGAGGAGCUGCAAUCUCUGUCGCAGCUGAGAGUGCUGCAGAUAGAAAGCCACCCGAAGUUGAGAACAAUCAGCCACGGUGUGGAGAGGAUGCAAUCCAGAAAGUGA